AUGAAAUAUUUAAUACAAGCCUCUCUUCUCACCGCUCUUCCCGCUCUUGUCGCCGCCCAACAAGAUUUACAUAUCCGUGUUGAGAAUGAAGAUUUUCGUCCUCGCCAAAUUUUCAGCUCUGUUACAACGCCUUCUUCAACCAAAGGUUUGACUGGAGUAAUCUCCACGCCUGCUGCCUUGACUUCAGCUGUCGGUGACGGCAACGCUGUUUCUAGCUUGUCAAGAUCUUCAUCUCAUACAACUCUAACGGCAGAGCCUUUGGCGACGACCCCAGUUCCCACCUUCCAUUUACAAUCCACCAACCCAACAGCAGUUCCACUGGCCAGCAUCAAUGCCGCCCAACCCAGUUUGGCUACAAAGCCGCUGGACUCUACGGUAGUUGCAGGAACUGUGCCGACCUUCUUGCCAGGCGCCCCCGCGAUACCAAAUGUGGCCCUUUUAAAACCCUCAAAUUAUCCCGCCUUGGAUAAAAUACCUCCAAUUGACUCGCCAGAGGUUCAGCGAUGGAUCCAAGAGGUUAAAGAUACCGGAAUCGCCGUCCCGGAAUUCACCCCUACUAAUCCAGGCUAUUUAGGAGGAUGCCUUAAUAAUUCGGCCUCUGUUGGCGAAGAUUCACGGUGUUGGUGGACGUGCGGUGGUUGUACACGUCCUACUGAUAUCUCUGAUUGUCCAACCGCUUUGGACUGGGGGCUUACUUAUGACGAUGGGCCUUCGUUUUAUACUUCGAAUCUCCUGGCAUAUUUGGAUCAGGAAAACCUCAAGUCGACGUUCUUUGUUGUCGGGUCUCGUGUUAUCUCGUUUCCUGCGAUUCUCCAGACAGAAUAUAUGAGCCAACAUCAGAUUGGAGUGCAUACUUGGAGCCACCCGCCUCUGACCACUUUGACGAACGAGCAGAUUAUCGCUGAGUUGGGCUGGACGAAGAAGGUUAUCAAAGACGUUCUUGGAGUUACGCCGAACAUGAUGCGUCCACCUUUUGGCGAUAUUGAUGAUCGCGUUCGCGCGAUUUCUCUUGCGAUGGGACUUAUCCCAGUGAUGUGGACACGAAUCAGUCCGCUGGCCACCUUUGAUACCGACGAUUUCAACGUUCAUAGUGGUGCUACGUCUGUUGAACAAGUCUUGCAAAACUGGGGCAACAUACUCUCAAACGUUGCGUCGAGAAGCAGCGGGUUUAUUGUCCUUGAACACGAUCUUUUUGAACAAACCGUUGAAGUUGCUACGGGGUACAUUCUUCCCGAUGCGUUGGCCCACAAACCACGUUUCACUAUCCAGCCUGUCAUUAGCUGCUUGAAAAAGAAGAUGUCAGACGCAUACAUUGAAACCAACGACAAUUCGACGAAUCCGCCUGCAUUGUCGGCGGCUGUGAACGCUGGAUUGACUAAAGAGACAAAGGCACCAACCCCCAAAAAAUCUUCGUCAGAUUUGCUCUUGCUAGACCAGCGGGCCAUCCUGAUGUCAUUGGGGACUCUUGCGAUGGGAUUUGGCGUCGGUGGUCUGGCUUUCCUUCGUUUUUCUCUUGUCUAA